AUGCCCCAGGGAACACUUGGGUUCGGUGAUGAAAUCGCAGCAUUGCUUCCCUUCGUGAUCCACUGCCCUGUAAGCCGAUCGCCUUGGUACCUCCACAACACGAUACCUUCAGAGGCGAGCAGUCUACGCUCCACUCACACUCUCCGACAGAAUCGACACUUUUCAGUGCUUCAUCCUUACUUCAGACCAUUUCACUCUCUCCUCCUCCUUAUUCAAAAGAACCCUUUUCACUACCAGCUACAGGGUCUCUACCCUCCUCUUCUUCCUCCUCCUCCUGCAUCCCUCGCCUCUCCCAACCAUCAUUGCAACACUGCUGGUCUUGAAGUCCUCCGCACACAAGCACAUCGCAAUGCCGCUAACUUCAAAUUGUCGUCUCCAACACCCUCCCAACCAUCUUCACACAAUGUUGCACAUCCGCGUUGCCAACCUAGUCGCCAUUUGGAUUGGUGA